UAAAGGACUAAGUAUAAACCAAUUCUUCACCCUUACGGAGAAGAGAGAUAAUUACAUCGCCCGUAAUGUCUGUUCUGUGUGCAAAUAUCGCUACAACUGCUCCCCCCGCCGUCCAACCGUCAUAUUUACACUCCAGAGAUUCAUCCCAGAUUAACGUAAUGUACGCAAGGGCGGGGACUGCCAGCACCUCUGUGUGUACAUCUGAUAUACAGAAAUGAGAUAACGAUUCCUAAGCAACGGCAUGGAGACGAGCAUGUAAAAUAAACACACAGAUAUCUGCAAUCAUUAAAUUAGUCCUUUGUAGAAGAGACAAUCGUGUUGGUAGUUAUGGCAAAUCCAGAAUUGUACACGGUAUUACUGCUGCUGCUGGCUCUGUGUUCCGCUGUGAAAACAAUUGCACCACGCAAUGCACACGGCGAAGACUCUGAUGACGUAACACCGAACAAGGUACAGACGUGUCCCGCGGAAGAAUCCUCACUACUGGGUCCUCAUGGACGUGUCGUCACAGUCACGUGGCCGGAGUCUGCAGGAACUCCAACAGAUUUUGCCGAUGAUGUGAUGGACAAAGCAGGAAUCCUGUCGGAACCAAUUUGUCUGUCAGAAACUCUGGAGCCCCUGCCUCGGUGGUGUUUGAAACAAGGAUCGUCCAGCAGAUGGUAUCCUUUGGACCCUCCACGAUGUGUUGGCGGAGUGCAAAUGAAAAUUGAAGCUCUCAACAACUGCCCAGCACCUUUCAAGAAAUUGGAGAUCUCUGGAGAUAACGCCAAAGCCUCAAUCUGCAUCCUCAUCACAGGACCUGAAACUUGGUCAUUAAUCUCCUUUAAACAUGGCAACACCGUCAGCAUCCUUGAUCUUGAUGAAACGGAUUUCAAAUCAAUUGUGGCGGUGCUGCAACGUUAUCACAUAUCGUCAGUUUGGCUACCAGUCAGAAGAGACCAACCAUUUGGGGCGCUAGUAAAUAAACUACCUGGAAAGCGUUGGGGAACGCGCUUUCAAAAUAUAUCCAAUCAUCCGUUUGUUAAGGUAUCGAACGCUUGGUCUUUGCACAAUGAUUGUGCAAGCCUCAAUAUCAAUGAUAUGGUGACAGAAACCAAAAACUGUUCAACAAAACUUCCAACACUUUGCAUAGUGGUAAUACCUACACAGCAAAAGCUAUUAAACAUUUCCUGCCCUAAAAAUUAUUAUGUAGCAAGACACAAUAUCGGGCACAGCAACAGAAGUUUCAGGUUACACAACAAUUUGACUAAUCCAAUUACUUGGACGAAGGCAAGUGAAGUGUGUCGUAAGAAGAGGAAUGGACAUUUGAUGCAAAUUUCUUCGGCACAAGACAUAUUCAUGUUUCUGGAAAUGGUGAAAAUCAAUAAACCACAACCAGGGUCUAAAUGCUGGAUGGGAUUGAAAAGAAAAGAUGGCGUAAUGAAUGGUUUCACUUGGAAUUCAGAAUACAGUAAAGUUCGUUUUGUCAACUGGAAUUCUGAAUUCGCUAAAGAUGGACGUGCAAUGAAGUUCGGAACUCGAGGAGCCAUCCUCACAGACGGCACCUGGAGUCUGCUACCGGAUUAUUCAACUCUGAAGUGUUUUGUGUGCGAGGCUGAUGCUGACAUCAUGGACUCUGUUCUUACUCUCAAUUUCUUUCCGUCAACUAAACAACUUCGUCUCAGAGUAUACUUUCCGUAUGAAUUGUGGAAGGAGUCCAUAGACGACAAAGGUUUCAAGUGUUUUACAGAUUCUAGGGGUGUGCUGGUACGUGAAGUACAGACUACAGAAAUAUGGAAUAAGGAAUGGACAAUUGACGACAUCAAAAUGCUUAGUAAUUUUCGUGGGAAAAGAAAUGAAUCAAAACUCAGUUUUCAUGUACAUAAGAAAAUAUAUCAACUUGAAUACGACAAGAAAUCUUCUGGAAACUAUUGGUGUGAAGGGCAAAAGAUCGCAGAUUUUGAAAUCAUAAAAAGUAACACUGUCUUGAUCACUGGACAAGAAAACGGACCUACUUAUUCAUUAAUCUUGGACGUCCAUGGAAACUGCAACAAUGGCAAGGACAUGAGAAAGUGUGAUCCAACAAUUUCCGACAUAUUAGACAGGAUCACGCUCAAUCUUAGUGACAAAAUACCGCGGAGGAAAGUAGCAUCACUGAAAGUAAUGAGAAUCAUAAAUGCAUUCAGUAAUGGAACCCUGAGGUUUAUUUUUCACGUUCAAUCGAAUCAAGGUAACAAGACCACAUUCCUGGACGACUACAGGCGAACUAUGGGUAUUGUGAGGAGAACUGUUGAGAGAUACAAAGAUAUGUACACUUUCCAUUCCUUCCGCAGUACAGAAGUAUGUCCUCAGGAUGUCACAUACGACGAAUCAAAACCACUCAACUGGAAAAGCACUCUUCGGGGUUCGACCUGCGUUUCUACGGAACUGUGUCUGGAAGGGGAUGGAGUGCCUGUUCAUCGUAAGUGCUCAGGUGACUUCAUUCAUGGCGCGAGAUGGAAUAAACCAUCAGGAAAAUGUAUCAAUAGAAACAUCUCACAUGUUACUCGUUCACUAUACGAGUUGGCUUUAUCAAGUACUAGUAAGAAUGCAUGUUAUUAUGAAGGUUUGGCGGGCGAGGUAGCUUCGUUAGUAUCAAACCCUUCGUUACUUACUACGGCAGAUAUAUAUUUCGUUUCCAGGAUAAUGAAUGAAUUGGCCAAAAUCAAGGAGACAAUUCCUUCUUUAACAACUAUAAUUCACAUACUGAACAACGUACAGAAGGCGAAUGGUGCGUAUGUUAAACUUUCGCAGACUUACUUCAACUCCACGAACAUUCUGCUGGAUUCCUUACAGCGCCUAAUGGAACGAAUAACGAUUGGUUCAAAAUACAGAGAUGAUGGUUUGUUACUUGCCAUCACCUCGCAAAUCAUUGUUCAGGUUUCAGAUCCGAUCAUGAGUAAUGUUACGGGGUUGGUUCUGUUACGGAAUGAAAAUAUAUCGAAUUCAUCCCCGAUGCCAACACAUGGAUAUAAAUCUUUCGAGGAACUCACCAUAAAACCGCUGAAGACAAACGAUAAUAAUCCUGAUUUCUUGCAAAAUCUGAAUAACGUAGAAGUUGCUGUUUGGGUUCCUGAAGACGUAAUAAUGGAGUAUGUUAAAGGUGACAAAAACAGUUCGUGGUACGAUCAUUCUCCUGACUGCAAAAAUUAUAUGUUUUCUUUGUUAAAGAAUACUGAAAAUAGGCCCAAGAUUGUUAUCGUUGUAUUUUACGAUGACCACAUUUUCCAAAAUAUUUAUAAAGCAGAAAACUCUCUUCAUUUCGAACACUCCUCAAAUGGUCACGAUUCUAUUGUUGUGAGCCGUGUUGUCAGCGUGUCGAUUCCAGGGUACAGCCCUGACUUGCCAAUGCCAAUACCCAUAGUCUUCAGACCUCUUGUUAACGUAUCCUCCAUACACGGAGCAAAAGAGAGACAGUGUACAUUUUGGGAUUUUACUUACAACAGUUCCUCUGCCAGCUCGUCCCUCGGGGGAUGGUCUCGUGAAGGCUGUGUGUACGCUGGUAAUGCAUUAUCCGACACAACUAAAUUUGGGAAUAUUUCGUCACUUCUCAACGUACUUGACGUAUGUGUCUGCACUCAUCUGACUCACUUCUCGGAGCUUUUGAUUGGAGUUCAAGACAGAUCAACUACUGCGUAUGGAUUCGUAGAAAGGGAUUACCAUCACAAAAAAGCUCUGGACAUAAUAUCGCUUAUGGGAUGCUCACUAUCACUAUUCGGUGUCCUUGGAAUCGCUGUUACUGCUAUUGUUUUCAAGUCCUGGAGACAGAAACCAGGCACCAAAAUUCUCCUUCAGCUUUCGUUAGCGUUAGGAAUACAAAUGGUUAUAUUCAUUUUAUCCAGUGCUGAUAUUGUCCAAUCUGGUUAUGAGAAACACCCUCAAGAAUGCACUCCAAAAUCUUUCGGCCUCCAAUACUACAUGGAGGCUGACACGUCAGUUGAAAAUAAUAUUCAGAGGCCUUUAGAUAUUCAGUUGUUGGACGAAAAAAUAAGCUUUUCCAGUUAUGAUUUGGCUGUAACUAUGAGGAGCACUAUGGAGACUGAAUGUCCAACUUUCGAACAAACUAUAACCUGUACCAUUAUUGGGGCACUGUUACACUAUUCCAUCCUUGCUGCCUUUGCGUGGAUGCUGAUCACAGCUUUGCUGCAGUUCUUUCGCUACGUCAGAGUUCUCGGCGCAACUAGACCCCCGCGUUUCUUCCUUAAGGCAAUGAUAUUUGGGUGGGUUGUCCCUGUCAUUCCUGUUCUCUUAGUCUUGGCACUGGCUCCUUCGUCUUACAUCCCUCCGUCUCCAGAGUCAACAAUACUUUGCUAUCCGUCGGGACUUCCCCUCUACUUCGGCAUUCUCCUUCCUAUUGGGCUCAUCGUGGCGACCAACCUUGUAGUGUACGUCACGAUAAUUUGCAGCAUUGCAAAAAUACCAAAUCGGCGAGACAUUUGCGAAGGAAGUCCCCCUUUGGUUCUGCAACAACUGAGACUCGGUUUCGUGUUGUUCUUUUUGCUGGGAUUGUCCUGGUUGUUUGGGAUGAUGGCAGCGCUAGGAGCCGGGUUCGUGUUUUCAUACUUGUUCUGUGUCAGUGGAACUGUGCAGGGCUUCGUGCUGUUUCUCUUCUUCGUCGUGUGUGACCCAUCAACCAGAAACCUCUGGACGACAAUGCUUGGCCUCUGGAAGGACACCGUAGUCAGGGCCAGCAGCAACGCUACAGACUUCUUGUCGUCAACCAGCACGUCAUCCAUCUCGGCGUCUCAGAAGCCUGGGCCUUCAAGUCUGACGUCUUAAAGCCUGAAAAUUCUAAUGACGAGAUACUCUGCCCUUUCAUUCGUCUUGGAAAUAAACGUGGAAAUGUUACGAUCUGAAAGGACAUGACUGCUGUACUAUUAUAAAAAAUUUGAUUUAAUAAAAGAA